AUGGAGUUUCCACAUAUAGGUGCCAACUGCGGCGACAAGUCCUGCAAUAUGUUAGAUUUUUUACCAAUGAAAUGUGAUGCAUGUUCCCAAGUGUUCUGCAGAGAUCAUAUUCAUUAUGCAACUCACAAUUGCCCGGAAUCUUACAAAAAGGAUAACCAAGUUCCAGUUUGUCCUUUGUGCAAUGCAGCAAUUCCAUUAAAAAAGGGGGAAUCACCAGACGUUGUUGUUGGUAGCCAUAUAGACAAUGACUGCCAGUCAGAUCCAGCAAGGCAGCGAAGAAAGAUUUACACUAAUAAAUGUGCUGUCAAAGGAUGUAAACAGAAAGAGCUAAUUCCAGUGACAUGUGAUCGCUGUCAGAAGAACUUCUGCCUGAAACACAGACAUGAACAGGACCAUAAAUGCUAUGGCACACAUAACUCUGGCCAGGCCAUGUCAAAAGCAGGAGCUAGCGGAACACGAACUUCCACAGGACCUUUCAUUGUAAAUUCUUCACAACACUCGAAACAACCAGAAAAGAAAACUAAUCGAAGCAGUCAGAAUACUCGAAUGGCAGCUUCAUCCCUUCAAGGACACAUGUCUGAAGAUGAAGCUUUAGCUAAGGCCUUGCAACUCUCACUUGAAGAUAAUCCGCAAGCAGCUGCUCCUGCAAGUAAAAAAAUGACACAGCAAGAAGAGGAAGACUUUCAACUUGCCCAAGCUAUAGCAGCAAGCCAAGCAGAAAAUUCUCGUGUACAUAAUGCACAAAGCACAGGUUCAUCUCAAUCUCGAGACCAGAAAUCCUGCUCUAUUUCCUGA